AGCAGGAGCAAAGUACUAAUUCCUGGUGUUUUCUGAGGCUGCAUCAAAUGAGAUGUCUAAUGAGUUGGAGAUUCUUCAGCUCCACCUUUUGUAUCCCUGGGUCCUCCAUCUCCAGCCUCUGUGUCUUGACUCGUCCAUCUCCAACCUGGCCUAGAGAUCCUCCAUCUCCAGCAUCCAUAUUUUAUCUCUUCCUUCUACAGUCUCAACUGGAGAGUCUCCUUUUCUUGACUCCUCUGUUUCCAACCUGAGCUGGAUAUCCUCCAUUUCCAACCUCCACCUCUUCACUCUUCCAUCUCCAACCUCACCCCUCCUCUCCCUUUCUCUUUGAAAAGUCGGCAGUGACUUUUGAAUCAGGUUUUUGGGUGCCUCCUCUACACUUAAAUGUGGCUUCUGAUCCCUUCUCUGUCUUGCUUUUCAGUGGAUGUGACCCUGGAUCCAGCCACAGUGGGUCCUGAGGUGAUCCUCUCCGAGGACCUCAAAGAGGCCACUUGGGGCAGACCUCAGCGCCGGUGGCCUGAGGGUCCCGGCCGGUUCGACACAGAUCCGUGCAUGCUGGGCAGCGAGGGCUUCACCUCAGGCCGUCACUACUGGGAGGUGGAGGCCAAUGGGCGCUUCUGGACCGUGGGAGUGGCCCGUGAGUCGGUUCAGAGGAAAGGCCGUGUCCUCUUCAAGCCCAGCACUGAGAUUUGGGGCUUGCAGAAGUAUGAUGAGCUCUGCGUUGCCCUCACGGCUCCAUCCAACACCUCCAUCCCACUCCUCAAUGGGGAGAUUGGGGUCUACCUGGACUACGAGGUGGGACAGGUCUCUUUCUAUGCUGUUGGCAGCCGCCAGUGCAUCUUCACCUUCCCUGUGGCUUCCUUCAGUGGAGAGAAGGUCUUCCCCUACUUCUGUGUGCUCCUCUCAACCAUCAAACUGUCCCCCAAGGGCUGAUGUGCUGACAGGAUCCUUCCACACCUGGUUGCACCAUGGUGUUUGGAAUGCUCCUUGAUGCUCCUCCAGUCUUCUCUUCCAGGUCUUGGAGUCCUUUCCAGCUCAACUCAUGGUCCUACCUUCAUCACAGAUGUCUUUAUCUUGGGUUAUGUCCAGGGGAUUUUGAGUCUGAGCUCAGCACAGCUCGUCUCAUCUCAAAGCCACUGUCAUUAAAUUCAUUCAAAGCUUGUUAACAGAAGCAGGGCUUCACUGAACUGGUUUUGACCUGAAAACUUGACCUUUCCUCCCAUAUAGCCUUCUCUGAUAAUUCCUUUGCUGACCCCAAUGCCCAUCACUGGCCAGGCUUCCAACCCAGAUUAAAAAUCUUAAUUUUUGCAGGCUUUGCAUUAAUGCCAGCUGCUGCGUCAUUUUAAAACUGAUUUUGUCAUCACAAGGAUGUGCUCACACUCACUUCCCCACUCUUUCCCUCUCCAUGCUCAGGAUGUAUUUCCGAGUAAUUAACAUGCAAUUUAUAUAAAUGUGCUCAGAAUAUAAUAAAUUUUUUUUCUAAGAA